AUGACGCCGUCGCGCCCAACGCCGCCCGGCGCUGACGCCGGCGGCGACGCCGGCUUUUGCCUCGCACGCGUGCGCGAGAUUCGCUCGGCAUCCGCUACGCAGUAUGUGCGCAAGCUCAUGAGCACAAACCAACCUUCAGCACAACCAUUUAGAUACUUCGCAGCCAUUGCUGAACUAGAGCCAACAAAGUGGAGACAAAUCGCCGAAGACAUCGAGCGUGAGAUGAACUCUGCUCUCAUUUUUGUUGCCGAAACCUACGAGUGGAACAGAGGCAGACGCUCCACGUGUCUUGUGGGAGGAACAGCUUGGGAGCUGCCAACAGUCUGCGGAAGGCAAGACAUGAAAACCUGGAUUGAGAGUGCCCAGGCACCUAACCUUCCUCAUGGUUCAGUCUUGAUGCCAGCUCUCAGUGUCGGCGCCACUUUAUAUACCAAAAUGUCAGUAGCGAACGGCGGAACUCUUUCCGAAAUGAGGAAACCGCUGAAUGUGACCUCACAGACUACUACUCGAAGUAAGGUGUGCGACAAUCCUGACUGGGAGGUCUUAGGAGUCGAUGACUUGUUCAAACAACAACUGUGGAAAACCAAGAGCGGAGGGCGUCGUGCCCGUUUCUCCUACGCCACAAUGGACACUCCAGAGACUCUUCGAGACAAGCUCACCUUCCCGGUGGUCUCGGUGUCUCUCGUUGCGGUCCUUCUGGGGGUGCGACUGCGCAACCGGCGUUGCUUCCGGGAGUCCGGGGUGCGGCUCCGGGACCGGGAGCGGCCUCGGCUACGGGUCCUGGAUCUCGAGCGGGACUUGCCGGCAGAGCUGGUGGCUUUGGCGGCCUCUUCCGCCUCUUCGGCGGCCCUGUGUCGUUCCCAUUGCCUCUUUGUCACGACGUAG